AUGGCUCCGAUAAGGAUUUCACGAGAGGAUUUGCUCAAAUACGACACGUUUCUCUUUGACGUCGAUGGGGUGCUCUGGAAAUGCGACACUCCGAUUCCUGGAGCGGUUGAUUUCGUAACGAAUCUGCUAGAAUCUAUGAAGACGGUAUUUAUCAUCAGUAAUAACUCUACAAUGACUCCAGAACAGUAUCUGGCAAAAAUUGAGCGUAUGGGAUUCAAAGGGAUAUCCAGGGAGCAGCUUAUCACUCCUGCUAUUGUGUUGGCUACAUACUUCAAGGAACGACCGGAAUACGGUGGGCAACCGAUUUACCUACUGGGUGUAGAGAAUUUGAAAGAAACACUAGAGACUAUGGGUGGAGUCCGAUGUUUUGGCAACGGUCCUGAUCACUUUUCUUCUGGUUCCUAUCAGGAUUUUGUCUUUAGUUUCGAUAUGCCCGUAAUCCCGAAGGCAGUCGUUUGCAGCUACGACUGCCGUCUCAGCUAUCCUAAAAUCAUGAAAGCCGCUACCUUCUUAAAGCGACAAGAAGUGGAAUUUCUAGUUACCGAUGAGGACAAAACGAUUCCCAGCCCGAAUCCCGAUUAUGUUAUUCCUGGAGCUGGAGCGGUUUCAUCUACAGUUCGAGCCGUUUCCGGCCGUACACCGAUAGUUUUUGGAAAGCCGAACAAGCCAAUAGCUGAUUUUUUGAAGAAACACCAUCAUAUUGACGCCGGGAAGACGGUAAUGUUCGGAGAUCGUUUGGAUAGUGACAUACAGUUUGCAAAUGAUAAUGGUUUUGCAAGUUGCUUUAUGCUGACUGGAGUGAACACGAUGGAUGACGUGACGAAGGCGGAGGUUCGCGGAGAGAAACAUCUCCUGCCGACGUAUACCUUUUCGUUUUCCAACUAG